UCGCCGGCUGGCGGGCGGCCGCCCGUCACCUCCACGCCCUGCCCGCGGCGGACGGCGCCGCGCCGCCGGCCGCCGCUCGCGGACAACACGUACUACGGCCUGGCGCGGCACCGGGACGGCAGCGAGUUCAACAUCACCUACGACCUGUGCACGGUGGGCCUGGACGACGACAGCAUCGUGUAUUGCCUGUGGGUCGGCCAGGACCGGCCCGAGCCGCGCGACUCGCUGCUCUCCGGUGACCUGUCGGCCGGAGUGGCUCACUUCAGCCUGGGACAGGUGAUCCAGCAGCAGGCGGCGGGCGCGGCGGCGGCGCCGGCCAGCGUUGCCGAGAGCGAGGACGCCGGACACUGCCGUGGCGACUACAGCCGCUACUACACCACCAUCCAGCAGAUCGGCAAGGGCGCCUUCGGCUUCGUCAAGCUUGGGUACCGCAACGGCGACCGCAUGCUGGUGGUCACCAAGUUCAUCCGCAAGGACAAGGUGCACGCCGACCACUGGGUGGACGACCCGACGCUGGGCCGCCGCGUGCCGCUCGAGGUCUCGCUGCUCUCGAUGCUCCACCACCGGCACAUCAUCCGCGUGGUCGACCUGUACGAGAACGAGCAGUACCUGCAGAUGGUGAUGGAGCGGCACGGCUGCAUGGACCUGUUCGAGUUCAUUGACCGCGACCCGGCCAUGGACGAGCCGCUCGCCAGCUACAUCUUCCGUCAGAUUUGCUCGGCGCUGGAGCACCUGCACUCGCUGGAGAUCCUGCACCGUGACGUCAAGGACGAGAACGUCAUCAUCGACUCGACGUUCCACGUCAAGCUGAUCGACUUCGGCUCGGCCACGUUCGUGUCGAGCGGCCAGCUGCUGUCCACCUUCUGCGGCACGGUGGAGUACUGCGCCCCGGAGGUGCUGCUCGGAAACAAGUACGACGGCUACAUGCUGGAGAUGUGGUCGCUGGGCGUGACGCUGUUCACGCUGCUGUGCGGCGAGAACCCGUUCCAUGACGUGGAGGACACCAUCUCGAAGCCCUUGCGGCUGCCGGCCGGCAUUACGCCAGAGCUGGCCGAGCUGCUGGCGGGCCUGCUGGACAAGAGCCCGCAGACGCGGCUCCGCCUGCCGCACGCCGCCGAGCACCCGUGGACCGCGCAGCCCGUCAAUGCGGCCAUCUACAAGUUCGAGGAGGUCGUGGCGUGCU